AUGAGCUCAUCCAUACAGGAAGGAAAGCAGAGGGAACAGACCAAUGCAGACCAGACCAAUGACAAGGAUCCCAAGGAAAGCGAUUUCGCAUAUGAGCCAGGUCCAAAUUCAGCCACACAUGGAAUGCCAGAAACCAUCCCCGCUCCGAAAAGUGGGACUGCAAUAUUACCCCCAGGUCCCUGGGCCGAAAUCAUGAAAAAAACACUCUUCCCAAAGGCCUGGCUAGGGGAACAGUUAAAGACACAUUUGAUUGAAGUCCUGAGAGAAAUGCCACCCCGUCAAGAGCUGACUCUGCGAACUAAAAAAUUGUCAUGGGGAGCCAGGGCCUUGUGGACCAAAGUUGGCUUCGAUUCCACCAACAUCGAAGCCGCCCUCAUCCAAGUAGUCGGUGAAGUGAAAACCGGCAAGGAUCGAUGCGAGCACUGCGAAAGAGGCAGUGGACCAUUCGCUCUUUGCGUUACCGUCGGUGUUGAGGGGUACCCUGAGUGCGGCAAUUGUUACUGGUCUAAGCAGCGCUCGCGAUGUAGCUUUGGGCCCCGUUCUAAAGGUACCAAGGUCCUGACUCGCAAAGCUCGUGUUAUGAAAGAAAGUUUGGAAAAGCUGGAUGCCCAAGUCACUGAGUUGACCGGAAUCCUCAAUUCCCAAAGAGAAUCCAUACACGCAGCUAUGGAGAAGAAUCCAGACAGCCUCACAGCGACAGAGCCGGCUACUGCUGAUCGGUGCGCCGAAUAUUAUCGACGGGUAGCGACUACUCUUCCUCUUGAGGCCCUGAACAGGACUGAGGGUGCCUUGAGGCUCGCCAAUGAGCUGGACAGGGGGAUCAAGAAAAUGUUGGACUCUCUUUGA